GGGAAUUCCCCUUUUCCGUUUCGAAACCAGGUUCCUUGUCGUAGCUGGCAUUUCAUUUCAUAGCUGCUCGAGAGAACGACGAGGAGGGAUUCGCUCAUUUGAAAGCCUAAAGAUGAAGUGCUAUCAUUUGAUUCUGCUAUCUAUGCAAAUUGGCUUCGUGCAAAUUUCAUUCGCUUCUACGAGUUAUUCGUUGUUUUAUCUAAACGGUGAAUCGAAUGAAAGUCGGGCAAUUAUUUGUCCAGUAUGUAUGCCUGGCUAUGAAGCAGCUUGGCAGUGUGUCCAAAUGUCACAGACUGAUUUGAAUUCCUCGUGGAAUAAAGCAGCACUGAAUCUAUUCAAGACAUACCAUCAUUGCACACCCUGCCUAUGGGGCACUUUUUCCACGGGGCAAUCUAUCAAUCAAACUUGCAAAAGAUGCUCGUACUGCCCGCCCCAACACGUUGUAUUGCAACGAUGUACUUCGGUGUCUGACACCAAAUGCGCCUUCAGAGGACAUUACCAGCCAUUCACUGAAUAUACUGGCCUUCUCGUUAAGGAAGUGACCCCCUUUGCAGUUGUGACCUCGGCUUCGGCAAUGACAUAUACUCCUGAGAGGAAGGUUUUGGGAAACGACAGAAUUUCUAUGACUAUAUCAUCAAUUGUAUUGUUCUUCAGUGUGAUUCUCGUUGUGUGCUUUAUCCCUCUAAUUCUAAAAAUGAGGAGAAAAUUUGGUACUUCAAAGAAUGCUAAUGUAGCAAUGGAGGGCAUUGUUACUGUUACAAACAUUUCCCCAAGGCAGGAGGAAGAAGUGUCGUAUGAUAUCAUAGGAGAUGGCACUCAAAGAACAACGUCAACUAUAAUAUCAUGGGAAUGCUCUGAUACUUUCACUACUGGCAGAGACCCAUCAAUCAAAGUAAAUCUCGGAACACCAGAGCCAGAAGACGAGAAAUUGAACGUUAGAAAUAUUUUCGGAUCUAAAAAUUCUUUAACAGAUGAGUCUCUAGUUAUUCAUCAGACCUUUCAUUUUAAUCCCUCUUGCCAAGACUUCCCCAGCCAAAGACAUCUUUCUUAUCUGCUUUCGAAUGAAGAAUCUUCAAUAAAUGAUGCUAUUGGUCCUAAUGAUUUAGACAUCGAUGACCCAUUUGAUGGCCCAUCUAUUGGUUUGAACAUUGAUAGGAAUGAAGUUGACGAUAACCCAAUUGAGGCAGCACUGUUAUUUGACCCUGAAUCAACAUCAGAGGCUUUCAGUGACAUGGACAUCAGCGGCCUUUCGACGAGAAUUGGAUCUUCGAUCGACAGCGAAAGCUACGAUGAACCCAGGAUCACUUUACAAAGAUCUAAGUUCUUCGAAUCAACAGGAGGGUACCUUGAUAUUGAAGGAACCUCGGUUUCAAUCCGAGUACCUAAAGGUGCAAUCCCUGAAGGACAAAUCAAGAUGAUAAAUGUCAGUGUUCAUAUUUGCCGCCCAAACGACUGGAAGGAUUUACAGAAAUCUGGCUGUACUACAGAUCUGCCAUUGGUUGAGUUAGGCCCAAAAGGCUCACGAUUUUUAAAGCCUAUUGAGGUCAUCAUCCGGCGGCCACCUGGCGACGAGCUGGAGAACGCCACCUUCGAAUUUACAGAGGAAGAUGUAUUAUCUCAAGACGCUGUGUGGGUAUCUGCUACAAAAUGCAUAAGUCGAAGACAAGCAAAAUCGACUGCCAAAACAUGCAAGCCCAGUGUCUCAUUUUGUUUUCAGAAAGAGAAGCUUCAUGCAUUCUAUCUUCACUUUACUGGUGGCAGGAUUAUGAGGAAGAAGCCGAAAUGUAAAUGGAUGAAUGCAAGUGCAUUUUUUAAAACACAUGGUCUUCUUGGUAACUGCCUUGGGCUAAAAAUCGUUUUUUGGGAGCAGACACCUGAGGGCGAGACGUUGAUGAAAAAGGAAGCUGAAGAAUUUACAGAAGCAGCACUUAGUCGAAAGGCACUGAAAGUACAAAAUGCCGACAAUUCAUAUGUCGAAAUAAUAGUUAAAAAACCUAAUGAAGAUUGGCCUUUAGAGUUUGGGGACUUAAAACAGGACUGUUCAUUUGAUUCAGUUUUCGACCCAGAGUGCAUUGGAAACCUGCCAGUAGCUGACUUUACAUUCCAUAGACGAUCUGAGGAUUUGGUUAGUUUUCGCUGUUUAGUUGAUAUUGUACAGAAAGGAAAGAAAGAAAUCGACUUGAAAGUCAUAAUCAGCCAAGAGUACCUCGAGGAGAAGUAUAGAUCUUCUCGUUUCGGCUCCACCUCUUCUGGGUUUUGCUCAAUGACAAGCCACCAGGCCGUCCACGUGAUAUAUGACCAGUCCUUCAAGAAUGUUGAACCGAGAGAAUAUCUGCGACGAACAUUUCUCAAACUCAGCGAGCAUAUUGCAGGAUGUUACGAAAAUUUUGCAAGGCACCUCGGCAUCAAAGAGUGUCAUAUUGCAAAUGUGCAAAAAGACCACGCUGGGAGAUCAGUCGAAGCAUGCUAUGUGCUGUUAAAAGAUUGGUUGAACGAUCAUGAAUCUGUGCCGAAUCUAAAGAAGGAAGUCUUGGACAAACUAAGGAAAGCAUUACAGGAGACUCCAACGACGUGUCAAAUUAUGUUGCCUUAUGCAACAGUCGAGACGACAGUAUAGAAAAACCAAAGGAUACUAGAGACGACUUUAUGCGUACUAUAUUCGCGUUACGUCACGAGAGAUCAAUUGGCUACGUUGAAAAAGUGGCAAACAAAUUUUUACAUUUCAGACUAUUGUUGUAAAUAGUUUUUUAAACUUUUAGAAACCAAAAUGUAUCGUAGAAUAGUAAAUUCAAAUUCAAAAUGUAUCGUAGAAUGUAAAUUCAACUCUGUCUUAUUCGAACUUGUAAUUUAAUGUAAUUUUGACUUUUACUAAUUCGAACAAAAUUAUUUGGUCCCUUGAAAUCUCUUAAUAUACCGGGUCCCGCACCACUGGGGUGGUCAGGGGGCCUUAGCCUUCCCAAUUUUUUUGCUAAAUUAAAGAUUAAACUCAGCCAGGGCCGAUCCCAUAGAGGGUGUGGGGGUGUAACACCCCCCCCCCCAAGAAUAGGUAUUUGUGUUUUAGUCGGUAAAAUUGAGAUUUUAGUUGGUAAAAUUAGGAUUUUGACCGCCGUUCGUGUUGUCGUUCGUGUAAUUUUUAAAAACAUUCAAAGAAAUUAAAAAGUUCUGCAGUUCAGUUUUUCCGUUGAUCCAGAAGAGAAUUUUCAGGAACAUCACAGAAGACAAUCUGACAAAUACAGAGACAAUUUUAGCCUGGGAGAUGCAUUUUUAGCCAUUCUAGAAGGCUUAAUUUCAAAUGUGGCCCCGUCUCUGAAACUGCGAAGUACCAUGCACCAGGUCGUCUACAUCUCUUACGCUAAUUUCGUGCGAGAAAUACAUUUGACAGAACUAAUCUGCUAUCAAGAAGUGGGUCCAGUUGAAGAACAGAACUGUUUGAUUCAGUGUUUCUAAAGGUUGAAUAAACUACGUGACCACAAAGCUUAUUUUAGAACUUUCAUAAAACCAAUAGUUUUACAGCUGAAGUUGCUUUGUAAUAGCUGAAAUUUAAAUACGAUUCUUUGGAAAAAAUGCAUAAGUCGAACAUUUUGUAAUUAGAAUGUGUUUGCGAUCUCCAGCGAUUUCGAAUUGCGUAGAGUUGACUGAUGGGGUGUGUCACUCUCUCCAAACAGCGUACACAAUUUUUUAGAACAAUUUUUUGAACAUCAGAUUUUGAGGGAUUUUGAGGGACUAUUCUCGAAAACAAAAAGAUUUUUUACCAAAGGCGUACGAGAUUCACAUGGAGUGAUAUGUCCCUGUGAGCUGACUUUAUUAUAAAAUAUAAUAAGGCUCGUUAGUAAACAGGAAACCUCUGCGGAGGACACGUAAAUAAUGCGUAUUGUAUAUUGUAAAUUAUUUCCGUGAUGUAUAUAUAGGGAUUGAAUCGAUUUUAACACGAACGCAUGAACGGAAUCAAAAUUGGAUAUGUUUCGAGAAUAUACUUUGGACUUUUGAACAUCGUUUUUUAAUCGUUUUUAUUGAAAUCUAGAUUGUAGAUUCACUGUUUCCUAAGACGAUUGAUUCAAAGAACCUUGGAAUCAUAA